GGCCCUCGCGUGGGGAUGGGGCGGGAAACGUUUUCCCGGGAAAGCGCGCGCGGCGGCGGGAGCGGCUGUGCCAUGAGCCCCGCGCGGGCCCAGGCGGCGACGGCGGCGCUCCGGCGGAGCGGCGGGAGCGCGGCCCCGCCCCAGGGGCGGAGCAGGAAGCGCGCGUCGCCCCGCGGAGGGGCCCCGGCUGCAGCGCCCGCUCCGCCGCCCGCCCGGCAUCUCUUCAGCGACCCGGCUGAGGUCGAGGCCCUGCGCGGGAAUCUGCUCGCCUGGUACGACCGAUGCAAGCGGGACCUUCCCUGGAGGGCACUGGCAGCGACGGAGCCGGAUGCCGACAGACGGGGAUAUGCAGUGUGGGUGUCCGAGAUCAUGCUCCAGCAGACACAGGUGGCCACGGUGAUCGACUACUACAGCCGCUGGAUGCAGAAGUGGCCGACGCUGCAGGCUCUGGCGCAGGCGUCCCUGGAGGAGGUGAACGAGCUGUGGGCUGGGCUUGGCUACUACUCCAGAGGGAAGCGUCUGCAGGAGGCAGCAAGGAAGGUGGUGUCAGAGCUGGCUGGCCAGAUGCCCAGGACAGCUGAGGACCUGCAGAAGCUGCUGCCGGGCGUGGGCCGAUACACGGCGGGAGCCAUCGCAUCCAUCUCAUACGGGCAGGCUACAGGAGUUGUGGAUGGGAAUGUGAUCCGGGUCCUGUGCCGCCUUCGAUGCAUUGGUGCCGACUCCAGCAGCCCUUCUGUCAUCGACCGGCUCUGGGACAUGGCCAAUGUCCUGGUGGACAGGAGUCGCCCAGGGGAUUUUAACCAGGCCUUGAUGGAACUGGGGGCAACUGUGUGUGUGCCCAAGACUCCACUGUGCGGGGAGUGUCCAGUGAAGCAGCACUGCCAAGCGUGGCGCAGAGUGGAGAAGGAGCUGGCCUUCGCCUCUCAGAAGCUGUUUGGAAAAUCACCCCCAGUGCCUGAUGUUGAGGACUGUGGUGUUGGGGACUGUCCCCUGUGCCCUCCAGCCACGGAGCCAUGGGACAGCAGCCUGGGGGUGACCAACUUUCCCCGGAAAGCAGCAAAGAAGCCGCCACGGGCGAUGCGAACGGCCACGUGUGUGCUGGAGCGGAGGGGCUGCCAUGGGGCCCCAGAAUACCUCAUUGUGCAGAGACCCAGCUCAGGUCUCCUGGCUGGACUCUGGGAGUUCCCAAGUCUCCCACUGGCUCAAGAUCUGCAAGAGGAGAAGGAGAGGGAGGAGCUGGCUGAUCACCUUCAGGCCUGGAUGGGGCGGCCCGUGGCAGCAAAAGGCCUGCAGUUUAUUGGAGAGGUUAUCCACAUCUUCUCCCACAUCCACCAGACGUAUGUGGUCUAUUCCCUGCACCUAGAUGGGGAUGUGACCCUGGACCCUGCCUUGUCCCCGUCCCGCUGGGUGACAGAGGAGGAGUUCCACACCUCAGCCGUGUCCACAGCCAUGAAGAAGGUGCUGAAAGCUCACGGGAAGCAGCGCAGGAAGGAGAGCAGCCCUGUCAAGGGCUCCAAGCAGAAGCGGGGGGCAAAAGCCCAGGGAGCAGGCAGUGCCUGCCCUGGGACACAGCUCUCCCUCCACGCCUUUCUCCGGGCACCGACUGCCCCCUGAGGGCACUGACCUUCCUCGUGGGAGACACCAGAGCCCCUGGCUGGGGUGAGUCCUGCCUGGGGUGUGGCAGUGCUGUCCCUGUGCUGCAGCAAGCCCAGAGCACAGCACUGUAAUGGUCUCCCGCUCUUCCUUUCCCCUGCCUCCUCUGUGGGCCUGGAUGUGCUCACUGGUCCUGGAUUAAUCCUGGAGCCAGACUUGCCCUCCCUCCUUAGCUGGAGCCCUUCUGGGGCUAUUUGGCCCUGUAUUAGCACCACUCUGGCACUGUGGACUCAGGGCAGCAGGGGUUUCUCUCUAGCAGUGGGAAGGCUGUGGCCACAUUGUUCCCACAGCCCUGUUCCCUGCCUGCAUCUCAUCCCCCAGCCAGUGACUGGGGAUGCUGCUGUACCUUGCCUUGUUUUUACUGGACCUGAAAAUAAAUCUCAAGUGUGUGGG